AGAGAGAGAGAGAGAGACAGAGAGCGUGUGUGGAUGUGAUUGCUCUCUGGCUUGGUACUCGAAGAGGUUCCUCUGUAUUUUUAACCCGUAGUUUUACGAGGCUCUGGAGGUUCUGUGUUUCUGGUGGUUCUGUGUUUCUGAUGAUGUGUGUAUAAGUCUUGCUCCGGUAUCUCUGCCUCGCGCUCUGUACGGAUUAACUCAUCCCAAACAGCGGAUCUGAUCAGCGGUUCAGCACCCGGACAGCUCCCGCCACCAGAUUCUCAAUCAUCUCUAAACCAUCAAACCCAAUAAAAGAACCUGUGGUUUCCCAUCCGAGCAUCAUCACCGAACUUGGAAGUAACUCCAGGACACUGUGCCGGCUCUUCUCUGCCCACUGUUAAGUGUAUCUGUGCAGGAGUGGCUCUGGGUUCAUCAGCACUGCCAUGCUUCGUAUCUGGGUCAGCUGACACAGAUGAGCGGGUCUCUGUCGGUCCGGGUCAGGCAGACGCUGCAGUUAAAGAUACUGGUGUGCAGACGUUCUGCUGCACCUCCUCGGCCGCGGAGGCUCCGGGGGAAAGGUUUAAGGAGGAACAGCACACGGCGGACUCCAUGGAACUCCGCUGAAGAUGCACAAGUUUCCCACUGUAUCAGCAAGACCUGCUUCCUCUCCUCAAACCACUCAGUGCGGGCAAACCCUCACACCAGCAUUAUGGGUAACUACUAAAGCUAAAUAUGAAAUAAUUUGUCCAUAAAGGAUUUCCGUUUUUUAUUUUAAAUUGAAUUGUAGCAGAGCAGAGGUGAACCUCACCAUGGUCCUGCCACCCCCUGACAAGCGACACGUGUGUCUAACCACCAUUGUGAUCAUGACCAGCAUGGCUUUCAUGGAUGCGUACUUGGUGGAGCAGAACCAGGGUCCACGGAAGAUCGGAGUUUGCAUCAUAGUCCUGGUGGGGGACAUCUGCUUCCUCAUCGUUUUGCGCUACGUCGCGGUGUGGGUCGGGGCUGAGGUUAAAACUGCAAAGCGCGGCUACGCGAUGAUCCUCUGGUUUCUUUACAUCUUCGUCCUGGAGAUCAAGCUCUACUUCGUGUUUCAGAACUACAAGGCCGACCGCAGAAGUCUGGAGACGGUGGCGCGGAAAGCUCUGACUCUGUUGCUUUCGGUUUGUGUUCCCGGGCUCUACCUCGUCCUGGUCGCUCUGGACAGCAUGGAGUACGUGAGGACCUUCAGAAAAAAAGAAGACAUGCGAGGGAGGCUGUUCUGGGUGGCCCUGGACCUGCUGGACGUACUAGAUAUACAAGCCAACCUUUGGGAGCCGCAGCGGACUGGGUUGCCCAUCUGGGCCGAGGGUCUGAUGUUCUUCUACUGUUACAUCCUGCUGCUGAUUUUACCCUGUGUGUCUCUGAGUGAGAUCAGUGUUCAGGGCGAGCACGUCUCUCCGCAGAAGAUGAUGCUCUACCCGGUGCUCAGUCUCGUCACCAUCAACAUCGUUACCAUUCUUAUCCGUGGGGUCAACAUGGUGCUGUUCCAGGACAGUCGAGUCUCCACCAUCUUUAUCGGUAAGAACGUGGUGGCCAUAGCCACUAAGGCCUGCACGUUUUUGGAGUACCGUCGGCAGGUCAAGGAGUUUCCCACACAAGAUCCUGCAGGCAUCGCAAUGGAGAUCCAGCACAACUCAGUUCCACACAACCAAACUCUGCCGAAUCCUACCACCACCCUGCCAGAGGAGCCGUCGCCCCACGAGGUCAUUGACACGUGACCAAACCUGGCACAGACAUCUCUGAAAGACUGUGAACCUUGAGUCUUUAGUGUCUGCUGAAGUUCCAGUUCCCAGCAAGCUAAUGUUUAUCACCCUGAAAUGGGUAAUGGCUGAGAUUCUGUUUUUAAAGAGUGUUUUUAUCUUACCUUAUUAUUAUUCUCUAAAAUCCAACUGUCCUUUUUCUUCAGUCUAAGAUAUUGUAGGGGAUGGUUCAUUUUCAGACAUUGUUUAAAUGUUAAUUCCUGUAGGAUGAAUAAAGCUGCACAGAUAUUGGACACAUCAUAUAAGAGAGUAAAUUUAGGAUUGAUUGGAGCUUGUUGGCUUUAGAAAGUUCAGAAUGUGAUCCUGGGAUUCUGGAUACAACAAGUAAAAAUUGGAAAUAUUUUACCUUGUUUCUUAUUUAUUUAUUCCUAUUAUUUAUUAUAUUAAAUUUGUAUAUUUGAAACAAAGCAAUCAUAAUAUAAUAAAUAUUCAGCUUAAAUGGUUUGGCCCUCAUCCUAAAAAUGCUUUUUUUAUUUUAGGAAAAGUACCCUAAAAACCAAAUUGUACACAUUAGCAUAAUUAUAAAACACAAGGAUUGAAAUCUGAAAUCUAUGAUGUAACAAAAAAGAUUUUUUAAAAAUGCUUUUAUUUUAGGGAUUGUUUAUGAAUUACAGUCAGCUGAUUGGUACAGGUGUCUGUUAGCUGAUGUAUCAGAGCAGGGGAUCUGGCGCUUUUCUCAGAGCGCACUGUGAUGCUGUAAUUCUUUUUGUUGCUAUUGUUAUUAUUAUUAUAAUUUAGCAAUGGAAAGUAAUAUGGUAAAAUUAUGAAAUUGUUCCAAUAUCUAAAUACUUGACUGUACUUGGAUACUCAAAAUAAUGGAUAAAAGUCUUCUUUAUAAACAGUUAUACAAUAACUGUGUGUGUGUGUUCAGAACCCAGGGUGGUUUUAUGGAGAUGGUAAUUUGUUACUGUGUGUGAAAAAAUGUUAUCAUAGUUGAGAACCCCACAAUGAUUUUUUUACAGUGUUUUAACUUUUAUCCAGAUUCGUCCACCUGGACACAAGUAAACACUGUAAUAUUAAUUAAUGAAGUUAAUAAUGGGAUUGUUCUGUGUAAUAUGUAAAUGUUUUACUUCGAAUAUUGAGAACUUGUUUAUACACUCCAUUGAUUGCAGUUAUUAUUAUUUAAUGUUUGAUUUUUUAAUUAUUUCCAAUUAUUCUUUAAUUGUGACCUUUUUAAAUGAAUAUUAAAAUGUUUUUUAAUAAUAUCUGAA